AUGGAGAUUUGGGAGAAUCAUCUGAAUGCCACGUUCAUACAUAUUCUAGCUCAGAGGCAGCUGUUGGACAACAAGAUACUCUUCAGCUAUGAACCUCUCAGCUGUGCGCACUUCAGUGGCUGGGUGAGAAGCAGGGGGACGUCAGGAGGAGGAAGCUCAGCUCGGUUAAGCACAGGUUUGGUUUCUUGGCUGUGGAUAUGCUCCAAGAUUGGCCCUCGCUCUCCUAAAGAUCAGUCUGAGGGCCUUAAAACUGGUCAGAUGAUGGAUGAGUCUGAUGAUGAUUUUAAAGAACUCUGUGCCAGCUUUUUCCAAAGGGUAAAAAAAAAUGGAACUAAAGAAGUAUUUGCAGAAAAGAAACCACAAAAGACCUCAAACAGCACUCAGAUAAGAAACAAAUUGAAAAAGACCAAACAACCUACUACCAAGAAGACCUUUCAAGGCAUUGUGGAGAAGAAACCUCCUCCACACAGCCAGGCCACUAGGACUGAACAGCAAGGAGCAAUCAAGUCACAAGAAAGCGAACCCACUCCCGCCGUGAAUGGAGAAGAUGAUGUGCUUGCUCCUGCUCCAGACUUUCCUGUGCUCUCGGAAAAGGCACAGAACAUCUGGACAGAGAGUGCUCCUGAUGGUGACUCCCAGCCUGCCGCAUCCUGUUUGACAGCAGCCAGGCCAGGUCCAUCCAGAUGCCGUGCCGCGGAGCUGGCUGUCCAGCGGAUGCAACAGUUUAAGAGAGUAGACCCUGAGCGUUUGAGUCAUGCUUCCGAAGAGAACAUCCUUGGGGCUGCCCUAGAAGAAGAAGGCCCAGAGAGCCCUUAUGAGGAGGUUGUGGCAGGAAACGGGUUUGAGCCCAGACUCCCUGCCACAGACAGCGACGCUGCGGUGGCCUUGGCCCUGCAGCAGCAGCUUGGAAGGGAAGGCACCUCCGUGUUUGACGACGGCCUGGAGGAGAAGGGGUUGUUCUUCUGCCAAAUGUGCCACAAGAACCUCUCGACAAUGACCGUGACCCGCAGGGAGCAGCAUGUGAACAGGUGCUUGGAUGAGGCUGAAGGGAUACAGAAGUCUUCUGCACCCCAGAUCCCAGAAUGCCCCAUUUGUGGCAAACCAUUCCUCAGCCCCAAGAGCCGAGCCAGUCACCUGAAGCAGUGCGCGGUGAGGAUGGAGGUGGGGCCGCAGCUCCUGCUGCAGGCUGUGCGGCUGCAGGCAGCUGAGCCCAGGGCGGGCAGCAACCCUCCUGCUCCCAGCUUCGACUACACCGGAGGUCUGAAACGGAAAAGAGCCACAAACAAGGAGCCGCAGAAGAGGCAGAAGGUGAAGCCAGAGCAUCUAUCUGAAGACAUGCUGAUGGCCAUGGCUCUAUCCCGGUCUGAGAUGGAGCAGAGUCCCGCCGUGCCUACGCUCACCCUGGAAAGUGCUUUUUCAGAGCAGAUAAGGCUAGGAGCAGAGAAGAAGAGUCGUAAGAAGAGAGUCCUGCUGUCCCCACCACAGUUGUUAGUCCAGGACUCUGAGACCACAGGGAGACAGAUCGAGGAUCGCGUGGCCCAGCUCCUGGCAGAAGAGUUGGAACUGACCAGCACACCACCGCUUCCUGCCAGCAGGAUAAUCAAGAAAAAGUUGGAAAAGGCAGGCUGGUGCCUGCAGCUCCCUGAAGGAAAGCAGAACUUUCUGUGGGAGGGCAGCGCCCUGACCCGAGGCUGGGCUGCAGAGUCCUUCUACACGGACGGCCUGAUGCCUCUCAUUGUGCCUCAGCAGCCUGCCGGGGAGCCUGAACUUGAGCUGGUGCUAUCUGAACAGCCACCUGCCCUCCAAAGCAGUCCUGCUGUCAGUCCUGGCUGUCAGCCACCGUCGGCCAGCCAGAGGGAGCACCAGGCGCUCCAGGACCUCAUGGACUUGGCCAAGGAGGGGCUGAGCGCCAGCCCAUUACCCAUCAGCUCGGAAGGUUUGGAUGUGAUGCCCAGCCAACUUCCACUGACUGGGUUUGUCCUGUCUCCCAAGGAGAAGCCCCUGGAGAGGAGCAGCCUCGCGUCGCACUCCCUCGGCUUGCUGGUCUCUGACUUUGGCACCAUGGUCAAUAACCCACACCUGAGCGAUGUCCAGUUCCAGACAGACAGCGGGGACACGCUUUAUGCCCACAAGUUUGUUCUUUAUGCCCGAUGUCCGCUGCUCAUUCAGUAUGUAAACCGUGAAGGCUUCUCUGCUGUGGAGGACGGGGAUCAAACCCAGCGUGUCCUGCUGAGCAGCGUGAGGGCCGAAGCAGUCUGCGCAUUCCUGCAGUAUCUCUAUGCCGCAGACCUAGACCUGCCUUCCCACCUGGCUCCCGACCUGCACACUCUGGCCCUCAGGUUUGGUGUGAGUGACCUUGCUUAUCUGUGUGAACAAGUGCCAGUUGUGACAGACAUGGAGUGUGAACAACAGGAGAAGGAAGAUGAGAAUUGUGAAAGCAGAGCGGAGAAUUUCCAAGAACUCUUGAGGUCAGUGUGGGGAGAUGAAGAGGAGGAAGCAGAGACUUUGUUGAAAUUUGAGGACCACAAAGAAGACAGAGAAAAAGUGAAUGAAGCAGAAAUGGAAGAAAUUUAUGAAUUUGCAGCUACUCAACGGAAGUUGCUCCAAGAGGAAAAAGCAAGAGACAAAGACAGGGACGAGGGCCAGCUGGGGGAGGACGGUCACGGCACAAAGCCUGCCCAGCUAGGAGGCCAGGGGGAUGAAAAGCUGGAAAAGCCAGAACAAGCGGAGUCAGUUUGGCCAGAAAAAGCUGAGAUUCCAGCCAGCUGGGAAAAUUCAAAACACCCCCUUCUGCUCCAGGACCAGUGCUCAGACCAAGUAGAGAAGGCAGAGACCCAGGAGCAGGAGGCAACGAUGGAGACGCCUUCAGCGGGCUGCCGGGCAGGGAGUAAAGAUGGCUCCCCCGUGCACCCAAUCACAGUCCAUGAUUAUGAGCAGCUCCUUGCGUCAACUCAAGAUGAAUUCUUUGAACUGUCCCCAACACCAAGCAGUCACAAUGAGCACAAUGACACGGUCGAGGAGUCAGGGACAGACACAGUCUGUCCCCCGACCCCUCAGCAACCCCUGUGCGGCGGCCUCAAACAGUCCCCUGGGAGUGGACAUCCCAGCCAGUCCCAGCCUCACCUUCGCCACACCGGCAACACGCCCCUGCCAGCGCCCCACGCGCACAGCGGCGUUUCCCUGAUGGCUUCCCCUAGGUCACCCUCUCCAGUUAAACCGUCAAAGCGCAAGAGGGACAACAGCUACCUUACAGUACUUAAGGAGCCAGGCCACCAGAGAGGCAAAAGACCGAGUUCCACACUGAAAGGCAAAAACAAGAGCAUUCACAUUUCCCCAGAAAAUUCUCAGCCCAUUGACCUGACCCAGUCAAAGUGUGACAACUUGAGCUCCAGGCCCCAGAGUCCUCCAUCCCAUGUGAACAAAGAGGAUGAAGUCAUCCUGUUGCUGGAUUCAGACGAAGAGCUGGAGCUCGAACACACAAAAACCAAGUCAGUUUCUAACGAUCCCCCAGGAGGGAAUGUCCUAGAAGUCAGCCUCAAGUCCUCCGAGCUGUUUUCAGCCAUUGAUGUGGACGCAGAUCAGGAAGACUCUCCGAGCCCACUGGGGAGAGGAGCUGGGCUGCAGCCAGAGGAAGGGGACAGCCAGCCGGACCGGCAGGUCAUGGUGGGCGGCAGAGGUUCACCUGAGCUGUUCUGUGACCAGGACAGCAGCCCUGAGGAGGACGCCACCAUAGACACCUCGUGGCUGGUGCCUGCCACCCCCCUGGCCGGCAGAAGCCGUGACUGCUCAUCACAGACCCAAAUCACAAGCCUCAGGAUGAGGCCCUCAGCAGACAAGAAGGCUCGGCGCCUGUCCAAGACCUCCACAAAACACAGGCCUGGGCCAGAAACAGCACAGUUUUCGGUCACCAGGCCCCACAUGUCACCUGUCAGCUGCCCCUACUCUAGGCGCCACAGGCUCUCCCUGCUGGCACCAAGUCCUGUCCCAAGAAGCUGCCCUGAUUUCACUCGGCAGUACCAGAAACACUCGCCACCAGGGCUGGGCCUGCCAAAUGAGAUUGCCGUGAGUGAAGUGGUAGAAGUUGGAGACAGCGAAGAUGAGGAGGAGGUGGUGGUGGCCUCCCAUCCGGCUGACGGCAGCCCCCUUCAGGACAGUGACCCCCCAGCUCCGGCAGGUGACUACUCCUGGCACGUUGAGCCUCUUUCACCAAUUCCAAUUGACCACCUGAACCUGGAGCGCACGGGCCCUCUGAGUACCAGCAGUCCCCGAAGGCGGGCCCAGGAGGCCCUGGACAGUGGUGGCCGCCUCUCCCCAGGAUUCCCAGAUACCAGCCUGAACCGGGGAAGCGUGGCCGGCCAGGAGGCACUGCCAGCGCGGCCCCCACGGGCCAGCACCCCAGGAAGCAGCAGGCUGAGCUUCCUGAACCCAGCUCUGUGGGACGACUGGGAUGAGGAAGAGAACUCUCCAGAGGCUCCUUUUGCAGCACAGACACCAAAUGCCCAAACUCAGAAACCAGCAAGGCCAGAGACACCAAGUGCUGAUCAGAAGAACCUGCCCCCCAAAGUGCCCAUAACUCCCAUGCCACAGUACUCCAUCAUGGAGACCCCAGUGCUGAAGAAGGAACUGGACAGAUUUGGAGUCCGCCCAUUGCCCAAACGCCAGAUGGUUCUAAAACUAAAGGAGAUUUUCCAAUAUACGCACCAGACCCUGGAGUCAGAAUCUGAGGAUGAGAUCCAGCCCUCCCAGGUGCCCCCCGAGGUGCCUUCCAGCCAGACCCUCACCACCGACACCGACAAGCCUUCGAGCGCCAGAGGCCACACCCAGCUCACGGCAUCCCUGAGUCCUGGGACCCAAAGGUCCAAGGGGCCUACGAAGACCAAGGGCCCCCAACCUUGUGUGCUGCAGCCUGGUGAAAGCAUCCCACUCCUGAGCAGGUCACCAGCCCGUGGGCCACCUCCAGCCUCUCCAGGUCCUGCCGGUGACACGCAGUUCCUAGGCUCCCAGGAGUCAGUGGCCACCUCCGUGGACAGCAGUGACAGCUCCUUUAGCUCACAAAGUUCUUCCUGCGAAUUCGGAGCAACCCUUGAGUCUGCAGGGGAAGGGGAGGAGCUGAGCGCGUCGCAGGCAGCCAUCCAGACAGCAGACAUGGAGGCGGCACUGCGCCGCUACGUCCGCUCUAGGCCGGACCUGUACCAGAAGGUGCUGAAGUACCAGCCCCUGGAGCUGGCGGAGCUGCAGGCGGAGCUGAAGCGGGAUGGCAUCCACAUAGCCACAACCAAGCUGCUGGACAUCCUGGACACCCAGUGCAUCACCUUCACCACCGCUGCAGCCCGGAAGGAGAAGCUCAAGAAGAGAGGGCAGCAGCGCAUGGGCAGGAAGAGAAAGGAGCGGAACUAACAGGCCCCCAUCCCCCCACUCCGAUCCGCUCCAGUCCACGGGCCGUCUGUGUGAGAGCCUUGGAGCCCGCGGGGGUCAGGGCUCCACAGGCAUGUCGCCCUCAAACAUCAGCCUGUGCCUGUACAACAGACGUGCCUGCACCCUUCCCUCUGCUCCCCGCCAGCGGGGCCAUUCUUCCCACUGCCUGUAGGGUCUGACCCUCCCUCAGUCGCCCAGCGUGUCUCCCCCCAUGUGUUCACGAGGUCUGACUGCUCCCCAUCUGUCAGUGGGUCGCUAGGCCCAAGCACAACUGUCCCAGAGUGCACCGAGGUGGACUUCAGGUCCAGCUGCCUGCCCAGCUCGGCGGCACUCAGGCUAAUCUCAGCCACCACCAGCAGACCAGGCGGGCGCGCCUCUCACAGCCACACCCAGGUGCUGCUCCUGCCUGGUGUCCCUCCCAGACACCUGUCAUCACCAGCAGUCUCCAGACAGGACAGGGGACCAGGGCUCAAGUCUGAAACCCCCCCAACAGACAUGGUGAGUGGCAGCGGGCUCCACCCACCUGUGUUAAAGCUGCGGCCCAGAAGCAGUAUGGAACACACAGAGAAGGUUGGGCCUCCUCAUCCUGCGUAUGACCUCAUCUUAAAUACAGUGCAGUUGGUUUUUUAUGAUGUGCAAUAAAACAAAGAAGGCUUUAUAGAAAUGUAGAUCUGUGUUCCAGUAAAGUCACUAGUGA